AUGAUUGGUCAAGUCAACCAACACGUUAUGACGAAUGCAAGGUGCGGUCUGACGCACAAGACGGAAAAAAAGGUGUCUGCUAACAAAAUGUCGGCGCCACUUGGAAGCGGUGAUGGUCAAAAUCUGGUAAUGGAUCAAGUUGACCGAGAGACAAGAGAGGUGUUUAUACAUUUUGUUAUUGAAAAUUUCCGACAGGAUGACCCCAGUCAAGUCAAUAACGUGAUAUUAUUAGGUGGCCUCAGCUCACAGCAAAAUGAUCGUUUGGCUCAAAUUGGACGACAAUUGGCCCGGAUUGGAGAUGAUGUUAAUAAGGAAUACAAAACACAGUUUGAACAAAUAGCAAAUGAACUGGACAUGUCAAGUGAAACAGUAUAUGAAAAAUUUUCUAAAAUUGUCAUCAGUAUGUUAACUCAGGAAGCUAAUUGGGGAAGAAUCUUGACACUUUUCUGCUUUGGUUAUUAUCUUGCUUGCCGUUUCCUCAGAAACAGUUCAUUUGUACAAUUGUUCACAAGAAUCAUUGACUGUGUUAUACAAUUUGUAAGAAACCAUAUUGCUCAAUGGAUAAUUUCUCAGGGUGGAUGGUUAGAAGUUGCUUCACAAAAUUUGAGGAAUGAAAGAAGUUAUUUGUACACAUGUUCAUUCAUUGGUGGGAUGGCUGUUGUACUUCUCGCCAUUUAUUUUCUCAGGAAGAAGUAA